GAUCUGGAACGGUGUCCCUUCCCUGCAUUUGAAGUUUGCCUCCUCUCUCUCUCUCUCUCUAAACUCUUCUCUCUCUAAACCAGAAGCCAAACUGCCCCAACAAAAGCCCUAGAAGAAGAACGAACUCUCUGAAACGUUGAUUCUAUUUGAAAACCGUAAACCCAAUUAUCUGAGGCAGCAUUGAAGAAAGUUUUGGCUGCAUAGGAUAGGUAAAAGUCCUUUUUCCACAUUUUUGUCAGCAUCUCAGACAAGUCUGCGACUUUAUUUUAUGAGCGCUGAAUGGACAGGAGAAGAGCUUCUCUAACGCUCGGUUUUUCUGAAAUUUCCCCAAUUAUCAUACCCAGACCCUAAUUCUCUGUAAGCCUAAAGAUAUCACCACCUUGCAUUUCUCAGUAUCCGCCAUGAAAGCUUUGAAAACCCUAAUUUUGCAAACCUGACUCUUUAUGAACCCCUGCCACCAAUUCUCUGUGACUCCUGCCAUGAAAGCAGGAGCAGCAGCAGAGGAAGAGGAGGAAGAUGGGGAAAUAGAAUGAUACACAGUCAAUGAUAAAGAAAAGGAAAUAAUCCACUGUAUGAAACUUGAAUUCCACCAUGAAAGCUGGGCCAGCUCCAUUGGGAAUCGGUUCCAUGGAUGCGGAGACUCUAUUUUGCUCAAAAGCAGUUUCAGAGAUCAGAACAGUGGAGGCGAAUACAAGGAAAGAAAUCGAGGCCAAAAAAGAGGACCUUCGCCAACUGGUAGGAACAAGUUACAGAGACCUCUUGGCCUCUGCUGAUUCCAUUAUCCAUAUGCGAGACUCUUGUCUUCGAAUAUCUCAAAACCUUAAACGUAUUGAUGGUGCACUUCUCUCUCUAAAUCCUAGCCCUGACCUUAGCCCUAAUCCAGAUCCCAACAGGACAAAUGCAAAACAAACAAGGGACAAACUUUACUCCAUAGCCUCUAGGGUUAAAUAUCUGGUUGAUACACCUGAGAACAUAUGGGGUUGCCUCGAUGAAUGCAUGUUUCUUGAGGCAGCAGGUCGAUACCUUAGGGCAAGAGCUGUAUAUGAUCUGGUUGCCAAUGCUCGAGUUGAUGAGAAUUCAAUGAUUUUGUCGAAUUUUCCUCUGCUCAAGCAUCAAUGGCAGCUUGUUGAGAGCUUUAGGGUUCAGAUCUCUCAGAGGAGUAGAGAUCGAUUACUUGAUCAAGACUUGAAUCUUGGGUUUUAUGCAGAUGCUUUGUCGGCCACUGCAAUAAUUGAUGAUCUCCAUCCAAAACAGGUAUUGACACUCUUCUUCGAUUCUAGACGAACAUGGGUUUCUCAAAAGUUGAGUUCUUUCUCAAAGGAAUCAAGUGAUCGGGAUCUCGUUUCUAGGGUAUUUUGCAAUGUGAUCAGGGUUAUCCAGGUGAGUUUGUGGCAGGUGGGAGAGCUAUUUUUGCAGGUUUUGAAUGAUAUGCCAUUGUUUUAUGAAACAGUUUUGGGCACACCUCCUGGUUCUCAACUAUUUGGGGGAAUUCCAAAUCCUGAUGAAGAAGUUAGACUAUGGAAGCUUCAUAGAGAGAGAUUAGAGACUGUUAUGGUAAUCCUACCUGGUGAAUUUGUGGCUGAAACUUGUUUAUCAUGGGUUAAAUCUUGUGCAGAUGAUAUCGGUUUGAUGGGUAGGAGGUAUUUGAAUGAUGUUAUUAAAAGUGGGGAAGAACUCUCCUAUGUAGAGAAGUGUGUUAGAGAGACAUUAGAGGAUCGGGGGGUAUUGGAGGGGAGCCUAGAUUGGCUUCGCAGUGUGUUUGGUUCAGAGAUUGAAUCUCCAUGGCAAAGUGUUUGUGAGCUCGUGUUAAAGGAGCCAAAAAAUUUAUGGGAGGAGAUGUUGGAACCUAUUUUUGUUGAAAGAAUGAAAGAGAUCGUGCACUUGGGUUUCGAAGAUCUUGAGAGAAACGUUAACAUUAGGGCUUCAAUGAGCGGAAUUAACGAACCCGAAGCUUCUUCAAGGAUGAAUUCCUCAGGUGGGGUCUGGUUUGUGGAGCCAAAGGAUUGGAAGACAGGACUUGGGUUGAAAAGCGUGCCUGAAGAUAUUGAGUUCCACAGCUGUCUCAAUGCUUAUUUUGGGCCUGAAGUUGGUCGAAUCAGAGAUGCAGUGGACCAAAGAUGUAAAGAUAUAUUGGAGGAUUUGUUGCAUUUCUUCCAAGCUCAUAAUUUGCAGUCUAGGAUGAAGGAGCUCUCACCAUAUCUUCAAAGUGAGUGCUACAAAUGCAUAACAACCAUUGUAAAGGAGCUUGAACAGGAAUUGGAGCAUUUAUACUCAAUUUUAGGGCACCACAAAAAGUCUGAUUCACUAGGAGAUCAAUCGUUAAACCCAUCUGUUAUCAUUGAGAGGACUCUUUUUAUCGGUAGGCUCUUAUUUGCUCUUCGAAAUCAUUCAAGCCACAUACCAUUGAUACUAGGGUCUCCGAGACUGUGGGUUCUCCAGGGAAAAAGUGGAGGUUUCCAUGAUGGGUUAUCACUAUCUAGGCAAUCUAAAGCAAAUUUUGAUCAGUCGUCCAUAGAGAGCCCACGAAGACAGUUGUUUUCGCCUCGAAGUGGCUUUGUUAGUCCCUUUGCAGUGGAUGAUGCUUCCAACCUGAAACUUGAAGAACUAAGCAGGACUCUAAGAGAGCUUUGCGUCAAGGCACAUGGGCUGUGGAUAUCAUGGGUUUCUGAUGAGCUAUCAACCACCUUGGCUGAGGAUCUCCAGAAGGAUGAUGUGUUAUCUGAAACGACUUCUAUGAGUGGCUGGGAAGAAACAGUAAUGAAACAAGAGCAGCCAGAAGGUGGCCCAUUGGAAAUAAAAAUAGCGCUUCCUUCCAUGCCUUCACUUUAUGUCACUGCUUUUCUGUUUCAAGUAUGUCAAGAAAUUCAUAGAACUGGAGGCCAUGUCCUUGACAAAUUCAUUCUACAUAAUCUUGCGAGGAAUCUUUUGGAAAAGGUAUUGAGUAUCUAUGAAAACUUCCUCUCGAAUUUGGACAGUCUUACUGUUCAAGUAACAGAAAAAGGAGUUUUGCAAGUUCUGUUUGACCUGCGGUUCAUUUCAGACAUUCUAUCUGGCGGAGGAAAAGAAAUAUCCUUUACUAAUACCGACUCUAAUGCCAUGGGGACUGAGUUAUUGAAAAAGAUAAUGUCUAGGCCUCCUAAUAGGAGGAAACCUGUACCUCCUGUUCAGCCUGAUUCUGCUACUAGAGAUCGUGUGAUGAAAUUACUCAAUAAUCUUUCAGAGAGGCUGGAUCCUAUAGACUGGGCCACAUAUGAACCGUAUCUUUGGGAGAAUGCGAAGCAGUCAUAUCAGCGACAUGCAGUCCUGUUUGGAUUCUUGGUACAGCUCAAUCGUAUGUACACUGAUACUGUUCAAAAACUGCCUACAAAUGCAGAGUCAAAUAUUUUGCGGUGUGCCACAAUACCUCGUUUCCUGUUUCUUCCAAUUGGCGAUCCUGUGUUUUCGUCAAGAGGAACGUCUACGUCAACUGUUUCGGCUUCAUCAGAUGAAUUAUCUUCGAGGAGCUCUUGGAAAGCGUACUCCAAUGGAGAACUCUCUCCAAGACUCAAUUUUGAUGACAACUCGAACUUUGGUGCAACCCCACUGCUGAAGUCAUUGAUGAGCCAGGUUGGAAGCAAAUUUGGAGAGGGCACCCUCAGACUUGGUUCAAUGCUCACUGAUAGCCAAGUUGGUAGGCUCAAAGACCGAUCGGCAGCUGCCAUGUCCACCUUCGGGGACAUGUUACCAGCCCAGGCAGCUGGUCUUCUUUCUUCAUUUACAGCAGGGACCACUAGGUAUGAUUCUUGAAUGGCCGUGAUGAUGCCACAUGGAUCUCAAUUGUGAAUGCAUGGUCUGGAUUGGCCAGGGACUUUCGUAUUGAGAGAGAGGGAGAGGGAGAGGGAGACGCCGAUUGUGUAUGUUCUUUUGUUGGAUUCUAUUUUUUUUUGUUGCUAUAAAAGGAAAUGAGAGAGCGUGUAAAAGCUUUUUGUCAGGGGAAUAAGAGGCUUCAUUCGGGUUCCAUUUUUGAUUUA